AUGAACCCAAAUCUCUCAGUUUGUUGUCUGUUCCUGCUUGUUCAUUCUGUAGGAGCCAACCCCCUUUCAAGCCAACAGAGCUUGAAGAAGCUUUUUGACGGCGACCUCAGUACCCCACCCUUCUCCUCAGAGGGCAGGGAACACUUCAACCUGGACCAGUUCAGUGCCCUGCACCCAUUUACCAGUUCCAGCCCCAUUCUCAGAAACUUUGUGCUGCCUGUGAAAGACAACGUUCUCCCUCGUCUCAAGGACUUCAUGAGGACAUCAAAGCGAUCGUGGAGCCGUUACAAGAAGGGGGGGCUGAGGAGCUGCUUUGGGGUCCGUUUGGGCAGAAUCGGCUCGUUCAGCGGACUGGGAUGCUGA